UCGACCCGUGCGGGGGCGCCGGGCCGCGCCGCUCCCUCCCUCCCUCCCCCGCGGGGGCUCCCCCCCGUCCUGUCCCCGAGCACCCCAAGGUCGUCCCAGCGGGGAGCCGGCCUGGGGGAGGCCUGCUGGCUGGCCCUGCCUUUGCUCUGUGCGGUUUAUUUUUUUAUUUUCCACCCCCCUCCCACCCCCCCCUUCCUUAUCUCCCCCCGGCCGGCUCCGCACCCACCCCCGUGCCCAGAGCGGGGGGGAGAGGGCGGCGGUUCGCGGUGAUAAUCCCCCCGCCCUCCCCUUCGGUGGCUGGGGCCCUGGAAGCUGUCGGCUGGGCCCUGCGUACGGGGCUGCCCUGGGAGAGCCGCGCAGGAUAAGCCUCUCGCCGCCGCCGGACCUGGGCGCGAAGGCCGGCGGGUUGCUGCCGAGGUUGACAUGAGGGGCAGCAUCUCUUGCCCACAGCAAAGGGGAGGCCUCUCUGCUUGGCCAGGGUUGUGCCGCUUCCUUGUCUUCACCGUCCCCCGAUCUCGGGGUUUCUGAGUUGGAGGGAAGGGGUUGGAAAGCGAGCUUCUGCUUCGGGUACCCGGAGCCCCCCUCCCGCCCCCCGAGAUUAGAGCUAAGCCAGCUCCCCCAGGAGCGGCUGCGUUUGGGAGGCUGAUGGCAGGAGGCGAAAGUCACGGGCAGACGGCUGCGGUGACCGUGGUCUGACGGUGGAGGCGAGCUGAUUGCUGCCUGGGGAAAGGGCUUCGUUCCUUGCGUUGUUUCAGUAGUGUGGGAAAAGCCCUCGGACCCAAACCUGGAGCGGGACUGCCAGCACCUGGGGCUUCCUCUUACCAGAACUUUUAAAUCCCGGCGUUCAUACGUCGAAAGCAACAGUUCCUGUCCUGCACCUACAACCAACGUGACUGCUUGUGCCUCGCCUGGCUCUCCCAUGUUCUCAGCUUCUGGAGACCCUUUGACUUGCAGGGCUGCAGGAGGCUGGGCAGCAAAAGUUUCUGCUCAAGGACUCUUGCCUUUUGCAUCGAAGAUGGCGGGUGGCGUGGACGGCCCCAUAGGGAUCCCGUUCCCCGAUCACAGCAGCGACAUCCUCAGCAGCCUGAAUGAGCAGAGAAACAACGGGCUGUUGUGCGACGUGGUCAUCUUGGUGGAAGGCCAGGAGUUCCCCACCCACCGCUCCGUCCUGGCGGCGUGCAGCCAGUACUUCAAGAAGCUCUUCACCUCAGGGUUAGUGGUGGACCAGCAAAACGUGUAUGAGAUAGACUUUGUGAGUGCGGACGCCUUGUCGGCUCUGCUGGAGUUCGCUUACACCGCGACCCUUACUGUCAGCACUUCAAACGUCAAUGACAUCCUCAAUGCCGCCACACUGCUGGAGAUCCCGGCGGUAAGGGAUGUUUGCACGGAUCUCCUGGACAGGAAGAUUCUGGCCAAAAAUGACCAGAUGGAUACAGUAGAUCAAAUUGAUCAGAGGAACCAUCUCAGAGCAAAAGAGUACCUGGAGUUCUUCCAGAGCAACCCCGUCAACGGCCACCAAGGCAGCUUUCCGUGGACCAACCCAGAGUUGAGAGACCUUCAGAGACUGAACUUCCGAGGCCAAGAGGAGGAGGAGGAGCCGGACUGCAAUGGCAUGGACUUCUACUCGCAAGCCCCCCUAAACGAAAGACCAAAGGCGAAUGACUGUGAUCCUGACAGCAACCCAGCCAUGUGGCUGGACAGAGAGGAGGAGGAGGCGGCUCCUGGCUCCUUGUUUUCACCUUCUCAGAACGGACAUUACAGCGGCCGUGGCCUGCCCACACCAGGAGAAGAGGAGGGGACCCCGGGGGGACCUCUGGACCAGCAGGAAGCCGGCGACUCCCCCAGUUUCGUUCCUGCUGGAGCGGACACGGAGGAUGAUGCGAGAGAGGUGGAUGGCUUGGCUGCCAGCGCCCUGCUGCAGCAAAUGAUGAAUUCCGUGGGGAGACAGCAGCUCGGGGAGGACGACCGAAAGGAUGACGAUGGGGUCAUGGAUUAUUACUUGAAAUAUUUCGGCAGUUCGAACGAGGGCGACGUCUAUCCGUCCUGGUCCCAGAAGGUGGAGAAGAAGAUCAGGGCAAAAGCAUUCCAAAAGUGCCCCAUCUGCGAGAAGGUGAUCCAGGGGGCUGGCAAGCUGCCGCGCCACAUCCGCACCCACACCGGGGAGAAGCCCUACGAGUGCAACAUCUGCAAAGUCCGAUUCACCAGGCAGGACAAGCUGAAGGUUCACAUGCGGAAGCACACGGGGGAGAAGCCGUACUUGUGCCAGCAGUGCGGCGCCGCCUUCGCUCACAACUACGACUUGAAGAACCACAUGCGCGUCCACACCGGCCUGCGGCCCUACCAGUGCGACAGCUGCUUCAAGACUUUCGUCCGCUCCGACCACUUGCACAGGCACCUUAAAAAAGAUGGAUGCAACGGUAUUCCAUCCAGGAGGGGCCGUAAACCCCGGGUGAGAGAUGCCGGGGGUCUGCCUACCACCCCCACGGGGAACCCCGAAGAUGGAAGUUUUCAAGCCGGUGGGGAGAGUCAAGAAUCAGAGGACACCCUGCAGAGGAACGGCCAGGAGCAGCAGCACUUUGAGGAUAAUUCAAAUAAUGAAGCAUCAGGAUUGAAUGUAGCAGGAGGGUCGUCUGAGGGUAACACGCAAGGACUCUCCUAAACCAAAAAACAAAGUGUCACAAAAUCUAGUUAGUACUUUUCCUCCGAUUUUUCUCUUUAAAGAUGUUUCUCUCCCUUUUUUUAAAAAAAAAACAGAAAAAAAUAUAUAUAUAUAUUAUGUUUCCAAUCUUCCCAUCGUAAGCAGGGCUUCCCCAAGGAUCCCUCAGUAGCCAAGGACCUUUUCUUGGAAAGGCAGAUGCUAGGAAGCACGGGGUGGGGAUGGAAAGUGGCUCUGUCACAUGGAAAAGAGCUUCCAUGUAAAUCCAAAGCUUUAUUUUGUGUCCAAGCACACAUUAAAAAAAAAAACAAAAAACAAAAAACAAAAAACCUAUUUCAGAGAGAGAGAUCUAUUUAAGAAAAAAAAAAAAAAAGCAAAAAUAGAAAAAAAAAGGUGGUAGGAGUGGAAGGGCUCUUUCAGGGCGGGCGGUACACGGUGCCUCGGGGGGCCGGGGGAGCGGGGCCAGCCUUCCCCCCGCCGCUUUUUGGGAAGUUAAAGCUCCAGCGGCGUGAGAUGCUCGGUCAUUGCUGCGUCCCGGGGCCGAGACGGCUCCUUCCAGGGAGAUGGGGGUCAGUUUUUUGGGGUAAGGAGGGGGGGGUGGGGUGGGUCCCUCCCACCAGCCCUGCUGUGAAGCCGGAUGGGCCAGAGAGGGGGGAGGCGAUGGCAGCGGCUUCAGUGUAGAAAAAUUGCCUAAAAUUGCCUAACAACAACAACAACAAAAAAAAAUAAUUGUGUGAGUGGACAACCAGGAUGUUGCAGGGUUGCUGUCGGCAGCGGGUGUCGGGCACCCGGGGGCCGGGGACACCGGGGGCCGGGGACACCGGCUCAGCCAGUGCCACCACCGGCGGGUAACGCCGGGCGCGUCCGUCUGUCCCCGCGUCCGUCCCCGUCCCGGGCUGCCCGGCCGGUCCUGGGAAGGAGCUGGGACAGAUCCGGCACAGCACGGAGCCCCCCGGCCCCUUCCCAGCACCCGCUGCCCCGGCACAAUGUGGGGCCGGGAGGGGGUGAAGCUCCCCCCCCCCCCCCCCCCCCCCCCCAGUAUAUUUCAGGCACUGGGUCAGCGCGGCAGCGUUCCUACACGCCCCAAAAGCGCUUAAAAAUGGCAUAUUCCUUUUAAAAAAGGUUAUUUGAGGUCUCCCGUAAAGGGGCAGGAGGCCUUCUGGGCUGAGGGGGAGGCAAGCUGGGGCAGCCCCAGCUCCCCCAGCCCCCAUUCCCGAAAUAUAUAUAUAUAUAUAUAUAUAUAUAUAGAUGCUAUAUGGCUCUAGAGGCGGGUAUAUAACCCUCGGGUUAGCAGAGGUUGAUAAGAAAAGGCACCUUUCAGCGGGUCACCUGUUUUCUAAAUGCACAUUUUUAAAUGAAAAAAGAGAUUUUAAGCCCUUUUAUUUUGAAA